UCCAGGCCUCUGCACAAGUGGACCUUUGGGAGAAUAAUAGAAACACUGACUCAUCACAUGACCAUUUGGAAGGGUCACAAGCCAGAGGCCUCCUUUCUACAGCCAACAACAACUUGGAUCCUCCGCCCUCAGCGGAGGGUCCCUUUUGUUAUGGAGAAGCCACAGGCCACAGAAGCGGGGAAGAAACACGGAGGAACUAUAUAUAACCAGGGGAUAUGCCUAAACUAGUUCUUGAAGAUGAAUAAUAUUAAGUCAGAUGCUGUCAGAGUUCAAACUCUGAGAAGCCUCAAGGUCUAACAAACCAAAAGCCAAGAAAAAGAAAGCAAACAGCAAGCAAAAGAAGCAAACUGAUGGUAAGAGGAGCAAGACGCCGGCUGGGCCCCCACGUCUGCCUCUCAGGCUUCGGGAGUGGCUGCUGCCCUGGCUGGGCACCCUCCAUGGGCAGUGGGCACUGUACCCUUCCCCUCUGCUCCUUUGGCUGUGGGAGUGGCAUCUGCAUUGCUCCCAAUGUCUGUUCCUGCCAGGAUGGAGAGCAAGGAGCCACCUGCCCAGAAGUCCAUGGACCCUGUGGCGAGUAUGGCUGUGACCUUACCUGUAACCAUGGCGGCUGUCAGGAGGUGGCCCGAGUGUGCCCUGUGGGCUUCUCCAUGACAGAGACAGCUGUCGGCAUCAGGUGUACAGACAUUGAUGAAUGCUUAAGCUCCUCUUGCGAGGGCCAGUGCGUGAACACGGAAGGCGGGUUUGUGUGUGAGUGUGGGCCAGGCAUGCAGCUGGCUGCCGACCGCCACAGCUGCCAAGACACUGACGAAUGCCUUGGGACCCCCUGUCAGCAGAGAUGCAAAAACAGCGUAGGCAGCUACAGGUGUUCCUGUAGACCUGGCUUCCAUCUCCAUGGCAACCAGCAUUCCUGUGUAGAUGUAAACGAGUGUCGGAGGCCACUGGAAAGGCGAGUCUGUCACCACUCCUGCCAUAACACCGUGGGCAGCUUCUUGUGUACAUGCCGACCUGGCUUCAGGCUCCGAGCUGACCGCGUGUCCUGUGAAGCUUUUUCGAAAGCCGCUCUAGCCCCAUCGGCCAUCCUGCAGCCCCUGCAGCACCCACCCAAGAUGCUUCUGCUGCUUCCAGAGGCAGGCCGGCCUGCCCUCUUUCCUGGACACAGUCCCCCUUCUGGGGCUCCGGGGCCCCGAACUGGGGUCAGGACCACCAGUCUGCCUUCUCCCACCCCUGUACCAUUCACGUCCUUGUCCUCUGCCCCAACUCAGCUGCCGGCCACCCUGGUGCCUAUCCCUAUACCUAGUGCCUCCCUCCCGGGGACCCUCGGGCCUCCCUCACAACUACAGGAGGUGACCCCGUCCUUGCCCAGGGGCCUAGCAGCCACACAGAUGGCACCAAGGUCCUCUGCCUGCUGGCACCUGGGAGCCAUGUAUGAAUCAGGGAGCCACUGGACAGAGCCUGGAUGUUUCCAGUGCUGGUGCCAGAAUGGGGAGGUGACCUGUGAAAAGGUGACGUGUGAAGCUGCUUGCUCCCACCCGAUUCCCUCUGAAGAUGGGGGGUGCUGUCCGUCGUGUGCAGGCUGUUUUCAUAGUGGCGUCAUUCGAGCCGAAGGGGACGUGUUUUCCCCUCCCAACGAGAACUGCACUGUCUGUGUCUGCCUGGCAGGAAAUGUGUCCUGCAUCUCCCCAGAGUGUCCUCCGGGCCCCUGUCAGACCUCCCUGAAGUCAGAUUGCUGUACUUGUGUUCCAGUUAUUUGGAGAGUCCCCUCCCUUUUUUUGGUGAGAUGCUAUUUCCACGGCCGGUGGUAUGCAGACGGAGCUGUGUUCAGUGGGGGUGGUGACAAGUGUACCACCUGUGUCUGCCAGAAUGGGGAGGUGGAAUGUUCCUUCACACCAUGUCCAGAACUGGACUGCCCCCGCGAGGAGUGGUGGCUGGGCCCUGGACAGUGCUGUUUUACCUGCCGGGAGUCCACACCCAUGACAGGCUGCUCUCUCGAUGACAACGGGGUUGAGUUUCCGAUUGGACAGAUCUGGUCUCCUGGUGACCCCUGUGAGUUAUGCAUCUGCCAGGCAGAUGGCUCAGUGAGCUGUAAGAGGACAGACUGCGUGGACUCUUGCCCUCACCCAAUUCGGAUCCCUGGACAGUGUUGCCCGGACUGUUCUGCAGGCUGUACCUACACGGGCAGAAUCUUCUACAACAACCAGACGUUCCCGUCAGUGCAGGACCCGUGUCUAAGCUGCAUUUGUCUGCUGGGCUCAGUGGCCUGCUCCCCCGUGGACUGCCCCAUCACCUGCACCUACCCCUUCCACCCUGACGGAGAGUGCUGCCCGGUGUGCAGAGAUUGCAACUAUGAGGGAAGGAAGGUAGUGAAUGGCCAGUUGUUCACCUUGGACGAUGAGCCCUGUACCCAGUGCACGUGCCAGCUGGGAGAGGUGAGCUGUGAGAAGGUCCCCUGCCAACUGGCCUGCUUGGACCCCUCUGAGCCCCCUGGGGACUGCUGCUCCUCCUGCCCAGAUUCCCUGGAAAGAAAGGCAGUGGAGGUGGGCAAAGCAGCUCGGAGCCCCCGUGGAGAUGCAGAGGCCCCGGUCAACUGUAGCUCGUGCCCGGGCACCCCAGCAGCGUUGGCUCAGAAGCCAGUGUUUCGUGUCCUCCAACUUCUCAGGACGAACCUGUCUGACGCACAGACUUCACCCAUGAGCCCCUCAGGAGCCCACACCUCACCCUCAUCCCCUUUGGGACCCAGGGGCACAUUCCCAGGGGACCCUGGGGCCUCCCAGCCCUCACUAGGGCCUUUGAUCCCUCCACGAGCCUCCAGUCUACCUCCAGUCUCUCCUAGGGCUCCUGGGCCUCCUCCUGUUACUCCAGAGCCCUCAUCCUCCUUCUCUGGGGCCCAGACACUGACCAGAAGGCCUUCUUCACCUGCUGUUGUCCUGACUGAAGCUUCAGUCCAUUCCAUGAGGGCCCCCAGCCCCUCAGAGACCCCUGCCAUUCUCCUCAGGCCUCGCAGACUCUCUCCUGCCACUGCCAGACUCUCUGCAGCCCUUGUAGCCUCGGCCACCUCCAGCCCUCAGUGGACUGCUGCGGGGACCUCACGGGAGGAGGAGUCCCCCAGCUAAGCAGCCUCCAGAUCAGGACUCUGCGUGGGACACGCCGGACAGAGAAAACUGCCAGCGGUCCUGGGGCUGGUAGGGAGGCUCUGGGGCAUGGCUGGUAGAGACCAGGGGGCUCGCUUCUGCAUGGCCCCAUGCAGCCUUGUCCCCAAGAAGCAUUUGGAAUGUGCUGUGAGAAGAGGCAAUCGGCCCUCUCCACGAUCAGGAUCCUCCUUGGACACUGCGGCCAGCCUUUGGAAGAAGGUCUGGGCCACUGAGGAUCCUGCUCAAGAGGAGGAGAGCCUGAGAGGACCCAGGAUUCCCCUGGGCUUGUGCCACCAGCCAUCAUGUGUCCCUCCCUGAGGUUCCCUGAUUAAAGGCUGUC